CUUCGAACGUGGGGUUUUCAACUCAAAUUUACAACCAAUUAAAUUCCAAACUUUCGUGACGAAGGUGUCCAAUGGUGUCGGCCACUGUGGAGUGUGUAUCCAAUCAGUGUCAGGUCUGGGGUCUUUUAAAGAUAGUUUCAGGAAGUGCCUUUAAAUAUCAGGAAGUUGUAAACAAAGCUGACAGCUAUUGAGUUAGCUGUUAACUACACCUGAAUGGAUGCUGAGCCGGUCGUGUAAAUCAGGCUAGGUAUUCGUCGAUAAAGUGUAUUUACCAUUAACCCAACUGACCAUCUUUUUUAACAUAGAAAUCGGUCCGUGAAAAUAGAUAUUAUAUAUUUCCGUGCGUUUGUUCAAGAAGCUAACGUUAGCUGCCUUCCGUUUUCUCGAUAGGAAAGGGCUAAUGUUUGCACAAGGACGGCAGAGCUAGCGUUAACGCUUGCGAAGUUAAAUCGAUCAUUAUUGUCCCGACUUGGACGGAUAGUGAUCAGCAUUCGUGUCGGAUUCUGUUUUUUCCUGCCGCAUAUUUGCUGUCUGCGGGCAGAAAGAGCGAGACUUCCUCCAUUUUAGCAGCACAACCAUGUCUACAUCAAACGCCAAUUUCAAAAACAAGUGUGUGACCCAGGUGAAUUGCAUAUUUUGUGACAGUUUGCUCUGCACGAGAGGCAUGAAAGCAGUGCUUCUUGCAGACACCGAGGUUGAGCUGUUCUCCACUGAUAUACCACCCAACAGAACUGUUGACUUUGUGGCCAGCUGCUACUCGACUGAAAGCUGCAAAUGCAAACUGAGAGACAUCGCAUGUCUCAAGUGUGGUAAUGUUGUGGGCUAUCAUGUUGUGGCCCCCUGUAAACCCUGCCUGCUUUCCUGUAACAACGGCCAUUUCUGGAUGUUCAAUAGUGAUGCCGUGUCUACUCUUAACAGACUGGAUGCGACAGGUCUGAAUCUGCUCCUGUGGGGAGAUCUUCCUGAGCUGGAUGACAGUGAGAAUGAGGAAUCAGAAAGCCCAUCAGAGGAGGAGUGCAUUAGGUAGAGAGGGAAAUGGACAACUUGAGAGACCUGGAGCACCAACGUUUGGAGAGGUGGAACUAAACGAGUGUACAAACCAUGCUGAGACAGGAGAGAAAAGAGAGGCCUUAAAGGGUCAUUUAACAGUGAAUGACAUAUCGGCUGUUUACACUUGGUAUUAAAAUGCGUUUCAGUGAUCCGAACACAAGUGGACAGCCGAGACAAAUCGCCGUUCACACCUGUGUCUUACAUAUGUCUCCAAAGUGUCCAGCUAACCACUUGUGUUUAGAUUUUGUUACUGCCUGCGUCAUUUCUGCUAGAAGGUCAAAGGGCCCCACAAACAGUUAUUACAUCAGUCUGUCACCACACAAGCGCCAGAUUUGUUUCGCACGGGCUAGCUAAGAAAAAUGGAAAAAAAGAAAAAUGUUUCAAGAACUAAUAUACAUGUAUGGACUAUUCCAAAUGUUGAGAUCAACAAGACAAAGUCAUUUGGCGUUUGCACGCUGUCACCAAAACACCCACCACGUCCUGCAUUGAUGACAUAUUUUCCUGUUACGUCCUUGUCAGGACGCAUCAGGAUGCAUUAACGUUUACACUACAAAAGAUAUGUGGUAAAAUGCGUCCCAGACCACCUCGGCAAAUGGUUUGAGUGAGCGGAUCACAAUGCGUCUUGGUGGUCGUUUCCACUUGUACUUAGUGCUGUCCACUUGUGAUCCAAUCGCCCAAGACACAUUUUAAAACCAAGUGUAAACAGGGUCAUAGGACAGAAAAGUGCCGCUGUACUGCUCUAUAUUAAAAUAAUAUGCACUUCUGGCCACACCCUAAUCAGUGAUGUUACAGCAGGUGUUUUGCUUCUAACAGCUGAUGGAAAACACCUGCUAUGACAUCACUGAUUGCGGUCUGGCCAGAAACGCAACACGCUCCUAACUCGCAGACGACAGCAUAGCGGUUGUUUUUGUCCCUACAUAAUUCAGUGUUGAAUUACUCUUUAACCAGUGACCAUGCCUUCCUCACCACUCUUCACUGUUAAAAGCACAGACGCACACGUUGCCACACAUAUUCUUUUCUCUCUUAUUUGUGUAUUUUGCGUGGACUAUAUAAAACGUGGCUGAAGUAGACUGAAAAUAACAGACUCCUUCAUCUUGUGCAAUUCUACCUUUCAUCACAGAGUCUCCACUGAGCUCAUGGUUUUGAUCAGCCUUAUGAAAAGCUGAGACUGUGGUUUGAUAAGUCGAUAAGUCGAUGGAACUUAACCAGUGAAUGCUGUGCUUUUUCACGCUGUUUCUGUUAAGUCCAGUUUUAUUACAAGGCAACCACAAUUCGCCUACCUUCUUUUUAAUGGCAGUUAUAAUCUGUUCAUUGAAGACGCUGUAAUAAGCAAAAAAAAAACUCACAUUAACAGUCAUGUUUGUUAAAAGCUUGUAUUCUCUCCGUGUGGCUGGGUGCUGACUGAAAGUUUGAGGGCUUUUUUUGAAUCCCAUAUAUUGGAGAAAUAGCACAAUUAUUAAAUGAUAUCUAUAAGUUCCUUGCUUUUAAGGGCGUAUUUGAUAUAGAUUACCUUAUACGAUCUGACGCUCUAUCAGUGAUAUGUUUUGAUAUGCUAAUAGUGUUUGUUACACACCUGACAGCAGCAGUAUGUGUUUAACACCCAGAUGAAUCUGACUGUAGCAGUAUCUGAUACUAACAUACUAACUUAUGCAUAGGGUGUGCCUCCGUAAAGGCCUGGAGCAGCUGAAUUUAAAGAUGAUUUUUUUUUUUUUUUUUUAACUCAUAGGUGAAGUGAUGAGUUCUCAGAUUGAUGAUAUUGGAAAGCUAGAAUGGACAUUUACAAAGGUGCACUUUUGCGACAUUCUUCCAUGCGGAUCUUUAAGCAAAAUUAGAAAAACAGGAGUUCUAAGUGGAUUUCCGUGGGUGUCCGUGCUCUGUUUUGUUACACAACUGUUCAGUUUUGUAUAUAGCAGCAUAAUUGUAGCACCUGAAGAGAGGGGAAAAAAAAGUCAACUCCAAAGAAUCAUGGAACAUAUCAAUAUUUAUUGAAUUUAUAGAUGCUACUCCUCAAAAGAGAUAAGUUAUGUCAUUUCGAGCCAGUUUACGGAAUGGCAUUUCACAUUUUUAAGUUAUUUGUUCUGAAGUUGAGCUUAAAUCAGUGCAGCUGACCGCAAAACUCUCAACCCUCAGUAUUCUAUCGGCCUUACUCAUGAUGUGAUUGCUUACAAUGAACCUUUGUCAAGCUGUGGACUCCAGGUAGAUGCUGUAUGUUAGUUGGUCAUCAUCACCAACUGACCAGGCCUUCUGCUCAGCCCUUUGUGCCAGACACAAGCUUCAUCCUCUAGUCUCAAGGGACUUCACUCACAUCGGUCCUUUUAUGGCAGUGCCAUCCUUUGAGCUCUUGUUAUUUCACUGCUGUGCCCUGCUAAUACUAUGAUCCAGUCUUAAAGUCAACUGUCCUUCUGUGAGUGAAUGAGUUUUGCCUGUAUUGUCGGCAAACAUUAUCGAAAAACGCAAGAAUGUAGCUUCUUAAUUGAAGGAAAAGGAUAAAGGAAGUGUUUGGGGUUUUUUUGUUGUUGUUUUUUUUUUUUUUUUUACAUGAAUUGGCCUCUAUGCUCAUCUAUGCUGUAGCCUUUAGUUAUGGAAUAUACACAUAGGAGGGGAAACUUUGUCCAGAAUUUCAUGUCCUUCACCUUAAAGUUAUAACUGACAGCCUGCUACACUUGCACACCAAAUACUGUCUUUGUGGUAAACUGAUAGGAUACAGUAUAUCAGUCAGAUAUUUAUUAAAUCCACAAACCAAAUAUCUAUAACCACAUACUUCCUUUUUUUUUUUGUUUACAAACUUUGUUUACAAAUGCAUCGGUUUGUAUUGUGCUAUAGUACUUAUGUUUUUGUUCAUGUAUUUAAUAUUUCAUUUGUGAUGUAGUGCUUUGUUUUGUAUGUGAAAGGUUGGAUGUGUACAGUUUUACCUCAUGAAGGUAUCACUUGCGAGCUUCCUCUGGCUAGGACAAUUAUUAAAUGAUGAUAAUCAAAAAAAAAAUAAAAAAUUAAAUGGCUGUUUCUGAUGUGAAUGACUUUGAUUAACAUGCCCUGCUGAAAAUGUAUAUUUUGGAAUUGCACUGAAACUGCAUUGGUAGUUUGAAAAACUGAUUUGUUGUUUUGUAUGCUUGUUAAAUUAAUAAACUUUUUUUUUUCAAAAUA